UUGAUAAAAUCAACCAAUGGAGCAUGCGGUCGUAUGCCACUCACUAUACAUAAACGUCUAUGUUCUCAAGCUUGUCAUGGUAAGUAUGCCACUCACCAUACAUACAUUUCUUUGCUUUGGUUUUCAUGGUAAGUAUGCCACUCACCAUACAUAAACUUCUAUGUUCUCAAGCUUGCAAUGGUAAGGUAUCAGAAUUUGCUUUCCUGUUCAUACUAACCUGUUAGCUGAUCAUACUAACAUGUUAACUGGUCAUACUAACCUGUUAGCUGGUCAUACUAACCUGUUAGCAUCAGCUGUAUGACCUUGUAUUUCUUUUAAGAAUUCCAAACCUAAACAACCCAUUGUUUACAUCCUUGUCUAGGGGUUUUGUCCUUGUCUAAGGGUUUUAGGGGUUUCAUCCUGGUCUAGGAGUUUUAUCCUUGUCUUGGGGUAUAUAAUGUAUUUAGAUGGACAAAAUAUAGAACAAGUUCUUAACUGUUGGAAAUAAUCCUUACCAUACCUUUCAUCUGCUUCAACAAGGAACUUUGUAUUCAUAUUUUCAUCUUGUGGAAGGUAAACACAUGGAUGUAUUAAUCCAAUCAAUCCAAUGAUGUUUAAAGUAAACCAAUGGAUGAAUCUAAUUAACCCAUUGUUGUGGAAGGUAAACAAGUGGAUGUAUUAAACAUAAUUAAUUACUAUUCAAAUUCAAGCUAUUUUGGCAGUUGGGAUUAAUUCCAAGGUAUUCUUAUUUUCAGGUGCUGUCAAAUUUGGAGACAAACUGACCUUAGAAGAGUGUGAAGACCUUGUGUCUGCUUUAAAAUCUUGUGAUCUCCCUUUUCAAUGUGCACAUGGUCGACCUUCUGUUACUCCACUUGUUGAUGUCACGGCAUUAGAGAAAGAGCUUUCUGAACAG